GGUGCAUGUUCUAAGUCACACGGGUCAUUUACUUUUAACAGCUACUGUUUACAAACAGAGUCGGUUAUUUCCGACUGUUUGUUUUGUUAAAUGUUAAUCGCAGAGAUCAGGCCUCUGUAAAAGUAUAAAAAUGGACACAUCUACAUCUACGGAUGAUCCCAAUGUUCAGGAUGUCGAAGUUGGACCAGAAGAUGAUCAGCAUUAUGAUGGCCUAUAUCUGAGGAAAUAUCAACUGGAAUUGGCAGAAAAGGCAGCCACAAAGGGUGUAAAUACAAUUAUAUGCUCACCAACAGGCUCUGGAAAAACUUUGACUGCUUCUUACAUAAUUCUUGAUCAUUUAAUUAAUACAAAAGCUGCAAAGAAGAGUAAAGUGGCAGUUUUGGCUAAAACAACUUCCAGGGCAACUAACCUGCAUGAACACCUAUGUGAUUACCUCCCUGAGUCUUUAAAGUACUCGCAGUGGGGAUUACCAUAGUCUUAUGCUCAAGUACAUCCAACUGAAGUAUAAAAAUGAUGGCAUGCAGUCACAAAUGGAAAGCCUACCCCAGGUUGUUGGUCUUACUUCCUC